CGCCGCUGUUUACAUACAUCACAUGUUUCUGUUCCUGCGUUCACGUUGGUAGUCCCGCCGGGAGAUUAAAAAUAAAAGCCGGAAAAUGACGGAGAUUGAAAACUCGCAGCAGUAUUUCUUCGGAGACAUCGGCUGCUGGUCAGAGAGAACGGAGGUGCACAAGGCGGCGUCCCUCGGUCAGGCGUCCCAGCUGCAGCACCUCAUAGAGAGCGGGGCGUCGGUCAACAUGGUGGCUGUGGACUCCAUCACGCCGCUGCACGAGGCCUGCCUCCAGGGUCAGACCCAGUGCGCCCGACUGCUGCUGGAUGCUGGAGCUCAGGUGGAUGCGAGGAACGUGGACGGGUGCACUCCGCUGUGUGAAGCCAGUUCGGCUGGUAGUUUGGAGUGUGUGAGACUGCUACUGGAUCGCGGCGCCAAGGCCAAUUCUAUUCUCACCUCCCGCACGGCCUCGCCGCUCCACGAGUCCUGCUUAGGAGGAAACUCGGACUGCGUGAAGCUCCUGAUAACCGUGGGUGCUAGCCUGGAGGCGUACAACCUUUACUACGGGACCCCGCUGCACGUCGCUUGUGCUUACGGACACACAGACUGUGUCAAAGUGCUGCUCAAUGCAGGUGCUAAAGUGAAUGCUACCCGGCUGCACAAGACCCCGCUGCACCAUGCUGCCAAAAACAUGCGGGUGGAGAUGAUCGAGAUGCUGGUGGAGUUCGGCGCCAACAUCUACGCCAGGGAUCAGACCGACAAGAAACCCUUGGAUUACACCACGCCGGGGUCGCCCUCUGCAGCCUGCCUAAAGCUAUAUGAGACCACUCCGAUGAGUCUGCAGCAGCUCAGCCGGGUGGCGGUGAGGAGCAGGCUGGGCACCCGAGCUCUGAAGGUCGUGCAUCAACUGGAGAUCCCCAAACUCCUCAUCAGCUACCUCUGCUAUCAGUGACCCGUCGGCUCUGCAGGAGGAUGGACGGUUAAAGACACACUGGAGACUCACAGAGCUGCUGAGAGUAGCCCAGAAGAGGUGCCGUUGUUAAAAUAUAACAGUACACACACACACACACACAGAUGUUCUUAGAGGUCUCUCUGAUGCUGCAUUCACACUAAAUUAACCCAUUCAUAGUCUUUAGACUCACAAGACCACCGUCGUAUUUGCAAAGUUAAAAAAGUGCAAACACGCGAAGUGGUUCAGGCAGUUUUCCAGACGAUUUGUCGUCAUUUUUUUUUUUAGAGGUGAAACGUUUCUCAGUUUCCAUUUUGACUGAAUGUUUUUAAUUUUGUUGCAUCAAACAAAAGAAACAACGUUUAAAACUAGGCAUCAACAUCUGAUCAAAAGUCUUAAAACCUCCUUUUCUAAUGAGCACUUUCUGCAGCAGGUGAUGAUGUAACGGCUCGGGAACACGUUAUGUUAUCACAGCGGCUCAAGAGUUUUUCAAGUGUGCAGAUGUUAGAAAUAGAAACAGUCACAACAAACGGCAGCGAGAUCUGUCGCUGUAAAUACAACACGGGCCGCGGUCUGACUCACAGGAUGGAGACGCUGCUUAUAAACAUGACAUCAGCUGUGCAUUUCUAACAUAGUUCACCUUCUCUUCUGCUAGCUGCGUGUCACAGUUUUCCUAAAUCGUCCUCACAUUGUGAACAGUGACAGUAACAUUGAAGAUCAAGAUGGUGAAAAUGGCAAGGUUUAGACAAAGGUUUGGAUCAUGCAAUGGGCAGGCCUGUUCUUAAAUGCUUAUUUAAAUGUUUAUGUUAAGUUGUCUUUAGCAGGGAUUUAGCUACUUUAUCUUUUUACAGUUAAAUAAAUAAUAAAAGGUCUUAAUAUUA